CUAAAAUCAAGAGAACAUAAAAGUGUGUUGGUUGUACGGUUUCUGUACUGUUUUUGUUGUAUUUGUGCACCUAAUAACAAGUCGACAUGGGUGAUACAGAACCUCUCGACCUUCAUGCAAUCAUUGGUUUUGCAGGUGAGGUUCCAGGAGGUUUGCUGGUUAACAGUGACAGAGAACAUCUUAUCUAUCCUCUUGGCAACACAAUCGUCGUCGAGGAAAUUAAAGAGGACAAAAAACCAGCUUCUGGUGGGAGAGGAUCAGGAACCAAAGGGGGAACCAAAAGUAGGACUACCCCAGAAGAUCCAAAGAUGCGUCAGAAGCUGUUGUCAGGACACAAAGAAAGAUGCCUGGCGGUUUCUUGUCUGGCAGUCUCCAAAAGUGGAAAAUACCUUGCAUCGGGUGAAAAGACUCACAUGGGAUUUCAGGCCGAUGUUAUUCUUUGGGAUUUUGAGAAGAGAUCCAUUAAACAUACCCUGGAUCCACUGCAUAAAGUCAAAGUAGAAGCGCUGGCUUUUUCUCCAAAUGACAAAUAUCUGGUGUCCCUUGGUGGCCAAGACGAUGGAUCAAUUGUUGUGUGGGAUGUCAAGAGUGGUUCAGCUAUUUGUGGAAGUGUGGCAGGUGCUCCAAGUGCAGGGACUACAUUUGCAGUAGCUUAUGCUAACUUGAGUGAUGAGAUAUUUGUCACUGGUGGAGAUAAUACCUUGAGAGUUUGGGAACUGGAUGUUGAAAACCGUAAGAUCCGUCCAACUGAAGUUGGUAUGGGACAGUUAAAACGAAUAGUUAAAUGUAUUCAGAUGACUGAAAAUGACAGCCACUUCUAUUGUGGAACUACCACAGGAGACGUUUUAGAGAUCAAUAUGACAACUAAACUUAUGACUACCUAUGGGCCAUUGGCCAGUGAACGUCUCAGUCUUGGAGUGCUUGCUAUUCGCAUUCCACGGAAAGGUGAAAUUCUGGUUGGAUCAGGAGAUGGGACAGUUGCCAUCCUCAAAGUUGUUGAAAAAGAUGAUAAAAGAAUAAUCAAGAAAACUCAAUCUGUCACUGUGGAUGGUGGGAUAACCUCAAUAGCAUUGAGAGGCCAAGGACAUCAGUUCUUUGUAGGCACAAAAAACUCCCAGAUUUAUCUGUUCAGCUACAGUACAUUUGGUGCAAAAGAGUAUGACAGGAUAAAGACUUGCCACUACUCCCCUGUCACUGACAUCAUAUUCCCUCAUGACAGUUCAGACUUGUUUCUUACCUGUGCUAAAAGUGAAAUCCGAAUUUGGUCCACAAAGACAAACCAAGAGAUUGUGCGCAUCACCGUACCUAACAUGACUUGCAAUGCUAUCGAACUGAUGCGCUGUGGAACAAGUAUCAUAAGCGGUUGGGACGACGGAAAAAUCCGCACAUUCACACCAGAGAGUGGCCGCUUGCUUUAUGCAAUAGACAACGCUCACCAGAUUGGCGUCACGGCUGUAGCCACCACUAAUGAUAAGAAACAUAUCAUUAGUGGGGGAGGGGAAGGUGAAGUUCGUGUCUGGACUGUUGGUGGCCGCACUUGGAAACUCAAAGGAGCCAUGAAGGAAAAGCAUAAAGGUGCUGUUACUUCCAUCAAAGUUCGGCGCAACGAUCUGGAGUGCGUCUCAGCUAGCAAGGACGGCACGUGUAUUGUUUGGGAUUUGGAGCAAAUGGUAAGGUACACAAUCGUGUUUGCUAACACCAUGUUCAAGGCAAUCUGCUACAAUCCACCAGAGAGUCAGAUCAUCACGGCUGGUACGGACCGGAAGAUUGUUUACUGGGAAACAUACGACGGAGGGCAAAUUCGAGAACUGGAAGGGUCCAAACGGGGAUCUAUAGAUGGUAUGGAUAUAUCCUUCGACGGGACGCACUUUGUUACCGGUGGCGCCGACAAAGAAGUUGUGGUGUGGAAGUACAAUGAAGGCCAAGAGACUCAUGUUGGCAAAGGCCACGGAGGGGGGAUCACAAGGGUGAAAAUAUGUCCAAACAACAAGUGGAUUGUCUCCAUAGGAACGGACGGCAGCAUUCUGAGAUGGAAAUACCCUCAUUAAGACAACUAACACUGAUUUGUAAUUGUAUGACUGCGGAACGUUUCUUCUCAAAAAAUUGCCAAAGUUUAAGUUUAUACCAGUGGCAGAUACAUGCAACAUUUGCUUGGAAAUAUCACUUUGAGGUGUUUGAAGAGAUUUACAUGGAAACUUAACUGUUUUGUAAUUUAAUCAACACGGUUCACGGUUUUGAUUGACUUAGUUAGACUAUUGUAGGGUGAUGACGUUUAGGUCAAGAUCAUGAUGCCGGUGAAAGUUACUAUAUUAUGUAAAUUGCCUUGUGUACAGUGAGAUUAUGGAAUUUAACCUUUGUAACUUGGAUAAUUUAAUUUUUGAUGGGUCAGGCAAGGAGAUAGGGUUUGCUACUAUUUUUUUAAAAGUUUCGGCGGUUUGAGUUGGACAUCAUCAUUCUUGAAAUAUAUUUGAUUUUCUUUGUUUUAUAGUGCUGAAACUUUUUAAUUGUUUACUAGUUUAAGGCAGAUGUUGGGGCAGACGCAAAACUUAAUGUAAAAUAAUGUGUGUUGUUAUCGAUAAAUCUGCCCACUUUUCAUCGCUUGACACCAUUUGUGGUAAUGAAGGGUUUACACGCCAUUAAAUAUAGAGGCCCUAUUAAAACACAUUCAAAAAUA